CUUGCCGGUGAUAUAUAUCGCUGGCGGGCUCUCCACUCUCCCUUUCAAACCAUCGAAACUCACCAAUUGAACACCAAAAUCUUGAGCUAAACCCGACAUCAUCAUCAUCCAUCUAAAUUAUUAUUGACAGCGAUCAUUAGAUAAUUGUAUAGAGAGAGGAUUUAGGGUAGAGAUUUUGGUAUGGCUAUACUCUACGCUGUGGUGGCUCGGGGAACGGUGGUGCUGGCUGAGUUCAGCGCGGCGACAGGGAACAUUGGAGCGGUGGUGCGACGGAUCUUGGAGAAGCUACCGAGGGAGGAGGAGUCGAAGCUCUGCUUCUCUCAGGACCGAUACAUCUUCCACAUACUCAGAUCCGAUGGCCUCACCUUCCUAUGCAUGGCUAACGACACCUUUGGCAGGAGAAUUCCAUUUUCAUACUUGGAGGAUAUCCACAUGAGAUUCAUGAAAAACUAUGCCAGAGUGGUCCAUUAUGCGCCAGCUUAUGCAAUGAACGAUGAGUUCUCUAGGGUCUUGCAUCAGCAAAUGGAAUUUUUCUCCAGUAAUCCUAGUGCAGAUACUCUAAAUCGUGUGAGAGGUGAAGUUGGUGAGAUACGCACAAUCAUGGUGGAAAACAUUGAGAAAAUAUUGGAAAGGGGUGAUCGUAUUGAGCUUCUUGUCGACAAAACUGCGACAAUGCAAGACAGUGCAUUUCAUUUCAGAAAACAGUCUAAGAGGCUUCGUCGAGCGCUUUGGAUGAAAAAUGCUAAACUCUUGGCCCUGUUAACAUGCUUGAUUGUUCUGUUGCUGUACAUAAUAAUUGCUGCUUGCUGUGGCGGCAUUACUCUUCCUUCAUGUAGAUCUUGAUCUCAUUCUCGUUUCUGAGGUACUGUCUUAGAGGCACAUUGUCUGCGGCUUUUAUGUCAGUCAUGUAUGCGAGGUAAGAACUUGGCACCAGUAAUGAUGACAAUAAGGAAUAACAUCAUAUUUCAUGACGCUUAGUCUCUGGCUACUUGGUGAACAUACUCCAUAUCUCUAAUCAUCCAAUUUCCAAGAUAGAUAAUGAUAGUGACAAGCAGCACAAACUUACUAAGCAAGACACAAAACAUGAUUUAAAAAACAAGCUUAUUUUAACAGCUGGCAGUUGAUGUGGAUUAUCGCUGUUGUGGAGGAAACCUAGUCCUUCAUGCAGAAUGUGGUGGAGGAAAUGCAUAUGUGGGAGGAGGGCUUGCUGGAGGCAAUGGAGGCUGUUGGGCUGGAACAGCAGUUGGUGGACUUGGAGGUUUUGAGAAUAUAGGAUGUUGGUGCAGUGGUGGAAAUGGUAGUUGGUGAGCAAGAGGUGAUGGUGGUGGAGACACACUAGGGGGUUUCUCUGCUGGAGGCUUGCCUUGGUAAGGCGAUGGUAGUGGUGUAACUGGCUUAGUUGGACUAGGCGGAGGUAUUGAGAAUAUAGGAUGUUUGUGCAGUGGUGGAAAUGGUAGUUGGUGAGCAAGAGGUGACGGUGGUGGAGACACACUAGGGGGUUUCUCUGCUGGAGGCUUGCCUUGGUAAGGCGAUGGUAGCGGUGUAACUGGCUUAGUUGGACUAGGUGGAGGUAUUGAGAAUAUAGGAUGUUUGUGCAGUGGUGGAAAUGGUAGUUGGUGAGGAAGAGGUGAUGGUGGUGGAGACAUACUAGGGGGUUUCUCUGCUGGAGGCUUGCCUUGGUAAGGGGAUGGUAGUGGUGUAACUGGCUUACUUGGACUAGGCGGAGGUAACUGAGGUGGAGCUGACGGCGGGGAGAAUGGAGGAGGACUUGGUGGUGGCAAAUAUACCGGAGGUGCUUGAGUCACAGGGAUGGGCGAUGGUUGAGCCACAGGUACUGGCGGCGCUUGAGCCAUAGGGACUGGUGGUGGUAGACCAAUGGGGACAUACGGUGGCAGCAAAGGAAUAUGGCCGUAACCCAUCCAAGGGUGGUGGAACCAAAACCAGUUGGUGUCAUGGCCCUUGUUGUCAUCUGCCUUGGCGAUGCAGUUGAUGUUAAUAGUUAAAAUGUUGCACAAAACAAGUAUGAGCAACUUUGAGCAUGCCUUGGAUGUUGAAGUAAACACUGCCAUGGUUUUCUUCAGAAGAGGUAACAGUUGAGCUAGUUUGGAGUGAAAUUUGAGUUCAAGAUGGGGGCCUAAUUUAUGGUCGAGUCGCGGGGUUGAUUUAGGCACGACAGUUACAAUACUUGCCAAUAGAGUUCUGAAGUAUUAUUAAAGGCCUUCAAUAUAUACACACUUCUGUUGGUUGAUAAGAAAGUCAAAAGGAAGGCACAGAUUUGGCUUAUGCCUUA